AUGUCUGGACCCAAUUUCAUCGAAUUGUCAAGCCCAUAUCGCCCUGGUCCCUAUGCGAUAGAUGGCCGCUUCCAUAGUCGUCCGCGCAGUAACUCAAUCGGGUCGCAUCAUCGCAAAUCUGCCUCUGCCAACUACAAGCCGAUCCUGACGCGGCAAGAUGAGUAUGACAAUGCCGGGCUCCACACCCAAGACGACCAAAAUGUCUCGUCUAUCAAUCUUGGUAGGGGAAGGAUUGACAAGUAUGGCAUAGACUUGGUGACGGAGAUUGUGGUGUGUACGUUUGCGGUGCUCGUGUCGGUUCCAUUCAUAUGGCUGGCUGUGGCCAUGGCCAAAAUGCACCAUGAGGAAGUCACGGAGUCGAGGACGGACUUCGUCAAGCAGGCCACUAGCACGGUAUCAACUCUGUUCACCAUCUUGUUCGCCGCCGUCUUGGGCUCAACAUUAAGACACUUUGCUACAUGGAGACUGCAGCGAGGUGUGAGCCUCGGGUUGUUGGAGCAGGUCAUGCAAAGCCGAACUGUUUUCAGCGCCGUGACGACUCAAAUCUCGUUUCGAGCCUUCAACCUCACGGCCUUGGUUCUGUUGUGUACCUGGACAUUUUCCCCGUUGGGUUCUCAGGCCUCCCUUCGCCUCAUUCACACAGGCACGACGUACACGACAGAGACUGGAAGCGUAAGCUACGUCGACACGAUUACCAACCAAGUGUUUGAUUCGGUUUCUGGCGUGGAUUCCCUCUUGACGGCACUGAAACCAAUGUAUAUCAGUUCCGUUCUGGGACCGGCCACCAUGAAAAACGGGACAACGGAUCUGUGGGGCAACGUCCGAAUACCAUGGCUGACAUAUGAUGCAAGCAAAGACAAUAACGGAUGGACUACUCUUUCACGAGACCACCUGACCGAAGGUGCUUAUUCGUCACUCGUUGGGAUUCCGGUUGCGUCGCUGACGGAUCGCAACUCCAGUUUCGCCCUGGAAACAACAUAUAUGAAUUUGGAUUGCGACAAACCCGAGAUUGAAUCACUAAUUGACAUUGGUUUCAAUGUGACCUCUAGUAAUGGAACCUUCUUGGGUCCCAACACCACCAGUCCCGAUGACAACGCAAUCUACCCAUCAUGGCAAGUGGCGAUGAACGAGUUUGUGGACGACAGGGUCUACUAUUACGGCUACCCGGAGCUUCUGGUCAAUGCUAGUGAUGCCAACCUUCCGCAGGCGACGUUUCUCUUUCAGACUAGAGGUCCAUGGGUGUCUCGAUGCAAGAUCAACCAGGUAUACGUCGAAUCUAACGUCACCUGUAUAUCGGUGACAGAUUCCUCACUUCCAGUGUGUUCGGUCGGAGGACAACGACAAUCACCCAACCGACAUGCCCCAUCCACCGUCACCACGCUGAGCUUUCCCAGCACGUUUCGUUACUUGAUGCACGAAUGGAUCAUGGCAACCGAUCCGACACGCAGCUCGGGAUACUCGACGUUGACUGAGUACUACCUGCAGAACACCAGCGCCGCCUUUAUCUUGAGCGGCAACAAUCGUGAAUAUGCCGACUUUUCCAAUGUGACAGCAGAGGCAUUCUCUCAACGGCUCGGCCAGCUGCUCAACACGUGGGUCCUUGCUGGACAAGUGUCGGCCAACACAAUGCAAUUUACUCUGAAUACUCGCAACAGCACUGCGCUAUAUACUGAAGGUCGUCUCGUCUACCUAUGCUCCUGGCGGUGGCUAGGGGUUUAUGUGGCUUCCAUUGCGGUCAUGUUCAUUACAGCACUUUUCAGCAUCUGGUGUGUCGCCCAGACCACGAUUCCCGAUGUUUUGGGCUACUCCUCAUCUCUGACGCGGGAUUCCAAGUUCUUCAACUUUGUUAAGGGGGGCAGCACCCUGAGUGGGAUUGCCCGAGCCAGGAAGCUCCGCGAGCUUGAGGUCAAGCUGGGCGAGGUCAUUGAAGAGUCAGACGAUGGUCGAUUCCGCAACGAAUUUGUCAAUGAUCUAGACCCUAGGAUGAGCGACGACCGACGAAGGUAUCUUGCCAUAGCAUCACCAGAGUAUUUGCGGACUCCCGAGCGCGGGACGUUGUACAUUUAA